AUGAACCACGUGGUGUUUGCGUUGUGCGUUGGCGCUGUGUUGGCACUGCAAGCCGGGGCGUUUAGGCAUCACAUACUAUCCAAAAGCUGGGACGAUGCACAAGCCGACUGUUUCGAGUAUCUGCGUAUAGGAAAACCACGUUCGGAGCUCUAUCUUGCGCAUCGAUACGAGGACGAUCAGCCCACAAAGAAGCUGCUGUUCUGCAUCGCACUCAACCUGCGUGUGUACGAUCCGGUUCAAAACUCACUGCAUCUCGAGGCGUUCCGACGAUUCUUCAAGCCAGAUUCAGAUGACAAGGGCUACGUUAAUCGUACGAACGAGUGCUUGCUGAGGGUUAGUGCACCUCCUACAGAAACGAACAGCAUAUCCCAGUGUUCCCGACCGUAUUCCGGAGCGCUCGAUUCGGUUUACGGAACGUUCCGGUGCUUCUAUCAUUACUACGGGAAUCUCCAUCGAAACACCACCGAACUGUCUCCGACGGUGCUCGAACUCGACCAGGUACUGCAGGAAUGCGCCCUGAUCACCGGUCUCUCGCUUAAGGAGCUGAAUAGCGUAUCAUCCUUGAAGGAUCACCCGUCGUAUCACAACCUGGCACGGUGCGUCGUCCUGCGGUGCGGAUUUGCGGCCUUCGAGCAUGGUGGAAGCAAACUUCUGUCGUUUGAUUAA